GUCAUCAAACCUGUGCUUUACUUUGGUAUCAAAUAUAUGACUGUAGAACUCAUUUAAUAAUCUUCAUCAUCCAACACUAGAUACAUAUUUUUAGAGAUUUUUGAAGAAUCUAGACUUUGCAGCACAUGGCUGUCUUUCUUUUGUUGACUGCAUCCAGCUGUCACAGGAACCAUAUCUACUCUGACUGAUCUGAAACUGAUUGCAUACUUGGUGUAAAACAAAUAUGGGAUUUUGUCAGAAGGCAAGGACUCUGCAAAAGGAGAGGGGGAAAAGUGGAAGAGCUGAAAGAAUAGUGAUAUAGAAGCAUUUUACAGCUAUUUUGUCUGUAACUUUGAGUAUCAGGAUUUUAGAUGUGUUAAUGCUUAAUGGUUUUAUUCAGAUAUAUUGGUGUUUAUAUAGAGUAUCUUACUUCAUGUGUUUUCAUAGUCAGACAAGUUGGGAAUAGAGUUCAGAACUAUCAUCUCCUACGCUAAAGCAAUACAUGUUUUUGUUAUCUCUAUGUCCUAUAUAGACAGCCCAAGUUACCAUUUAUCCUGUGAGGCAGUUGAAAAUGAAAUCAUUGAUAGAUUUAGACAAAAUUUUAGUUUGAAAGUGCUAUUUUUCAGAAUAAAGAUGACACCUGGAGACUUAAAAAGAGAGGGUAAACCAAAUUUUCUCUAGAGUUACUGUAAUGCAUUUGCUUUUCUAAGAAUAAAGUUUUGAGCUGAUCUAUAAAGAGUGUAACUUGUUUUUUUGUUUGGUUUUUUGGGUUUUUUUUUUUUUUCUUUUUUUUUUAAUAUUCUGAAAGUUUAUGCAGACUACUCCAGGCAGACGUUUCUAAGAACAACUUUUAGAAACCGAUCCGUUUGCUUUGCGCAGGGCACGAAUGCACAGUGAGCGCGACUCGCGUGGUCACAGCCGCGCACGGCGCUGCCUUUGAACGAGUCCCCGCCACGCUCGGAGCGGCGGCUUCGCUCCCGGGCGCUCCGGGCUGCCGGGGCCGGCCCUGCCCGGGAGCCCCGCCCCGCUCGUCCCGCCGGUUCCCCCGGCCCCGCGCAGGCGCCGCCCCGCGGCCGUUGGCGCUUUGUUUUCAAACCCCGGCCGGCGCCGCCGCCGCCCCGCCGCGACUACAUUCCCCAGCGUGCCCCGCGGCCCCGCCUUCGCCUGCGCACGCGCGGCCGGGCGAGCGUGCGCGCCAUGCGGGGGUGUCCGCCGCGCUGCGUCUGGCCCCCCCCGCCCCGGGACGUUGCUGUGGUAGCGUCCCGGCGCCAUGUUAGAAGGCCGGAGGGGAAGAGGCGAGUGAAGCGGCGGCGGCGGCCGGGCCCGGCACAGCCGCUCCCUCCGCUCCCGGGGCCUGGCCCCGGCCCGUGCCAUGGUCGCGGCUCCCGCCACUCCGCGGGACGAGUGACCGGUCCGCAGGCGGCAGCAGUGGAGGAGGAGGAAGAAGAGGAAGAAGGGGACGACGCGGCGACGGUGGUGGCGGCGGCGGCGGCGGAGGAGGAGGAGGAGGGGCCGGAGAGACGAUGCCGUUGUAAGUUCGGGAGCUCGCGGGGCGCGCUCGGGGCUCGCGUCGUGCCGGCCCCGGCCCGGCGCUCCCCGCAUGCCCGGGCCCUUCCUGCCGGGGCGCGGGCCUUUCCCCCCUCGCGGUCCCCUCGGCCCCGGCGCUUCCGCUGCCGCAGUGUUCGGGCCUGGCGCCGCUGCCCUCGCCGCCGGGAGCUCCACGCUGUCUCUGUCUCCCCCCAUCGCCACGAGCCCCGGAGUCCCGUUACAACCCAGGGAUCACAAACACAGCAACUACAGAAGCAUUAUGGCAUUACCUCACCUAUCAGUUUAGCUGCCCCCAAGGAGUUUGACUGCAUGCUUACCCAGAAAUUAAUCGAAACCCUAAAACCUUAUGGUGUAUUUGAAGAGGAAGAGGAGCUGCAGCGCAGGAUUCUAAUUUUGGGAAAAUUAAAUAACUUGGUAAAGGAAUGGAUACGGGAAAUCAGUGAAAGCAAGAAUCUUCCACAAUCGGUAAUAGAAAACGUUGGAGGAAAAAUUUUUACGUUUGGAUCAUACAGAUUAGGGGUUCAUACAAAAGGUGCUGAUAUUGAUGCCCUGUGUGUUGCACCAAGACAUGUUGAAAGAAGUGAUUUUUUCACAUCGUUUUAUGAAAAGUUAAAACAACAAGAAGAAGUGAAAGAUCUGAGGGCUGUUGAAGAAGCUUUUGUCCCAGUUAUUAAACUUUGUUUUGAUGGAAUAGAGAUUGAUAUUUUGUUUGCAAGAUUAGCACUGCAAACUAUUCCUGAGGACUUAGAUCUACGAGACGACAGCCUACUUAAAAAUUUAGACAUUAGAUGCAUACGAAGUCUUAAUGGUUGCCGGGUAACUGAUGAAAUUCUGCAUCUAGUACCAAACAUUGACAACUUCAGGUUAACAUUGAGAGCUAUCAAAUUGUGGGCAAAACGCCACAACAUCUAUUCCAAUAUACUAGGUUUCCUUGGCGGUGUUUCCUGGGCUAUGCUAGUAGCAAGAACUUGCCAGCUUUAUCCAAAUGCAAUAGCAUCAACUCUUGUACAUAAAUUUUUCUUGGUAUUUUCUAAAUGGGAAUGGCCAAAUCCAGUGCUAUUGAAACAGCCAGAAGAAUGCAAUCUUAAUUUGCCUGUAUGGGACCCAAGGGUAAACCCCAGUGAUAGGUACCAUCUUAUGCCUAUAAUUACACCAGCAUACCCACAGCAGAACUCUACGUACAAUGUGUCCGUUUCCACACGGAUGGUCAUGGUUGAGGAAUUUAAACAAGGUCUUGCUAUCACAGAUGAAAUUUUGCUGAGUAAGGCAGAGUGGUCCAAACUUUUUGAAGCUCCAAACUUCUUUCAGAAGUACAAGCAUUAUAUUGUACUUCUAGCAAGCGCACCGACAGAAAAACAGCGACUAGAAUGGGUGGGCUUGGUGGAAUCAAAAAUCCGUAUUCUAGUUGGAAACCUGGAGAAGAAUGAAUUCAUUACACUGGCUCAUGUGAAUCCACAGUCAUUCCCAGCACCCAAGGAGAAUCCUGACAAGGAAGAAUACCGUACAAUGUGGGUGAUUGGGUUGGUGUUUAAGAAAACGGAAAACUCUGAAAAUUUAAGUGUUGAUCUUACCUAUGACAUUCAGUCUUUUACAGACACAGUUUAUAGGCAAGCAAUAAACAGCAAGAUGUUUGAGAUGGAUAUGAAGAUUGCUGCAAGGCAUGUGAAGCGUAAGCAACUUCACCAACUGCUACCUAAUCAUGUGCUUCAGAAAAAGAAAAAGCACUCGACAGAAGGGAUCAGGUUGACAGCUCUGAAUGACAGCAGCCUAGACUUGUCUAUGGACAGUGAUAACAGCACGUCUGUGCCUUCGCCUACCAGUGCUGUGAAGACAAGUCCAUUGAACAGUUCUGGAAGUUCUCAGGGCAGAAGCAGUCCUGCGCCAGCUGUAACAGCAGCAUCUGUGACCAACACACAGGCUUCUGAAGUCACUGUGCCACAAAUAAAUUCCAGUGAAAGCUCAGGGGGUACUUCAAAUGAAAGCAUUCCUCAAACUGCCACACAACCAGCCAUUUCUCCACCACCAAAGCCUACCAUCUCUAGAAUUGUUCCCUCAGCGUAUCUAUUAAAUCCAUCAACAAGAAGUUCAGGAAAUGUUACAACAAAAAUGCCUAGCCCUGUCGCAGCAGUGAAAAGGACAUCAUCUCCCCAUAAAGAAGAGUCUCCUAAGAAAAUUAAAAUUAAAGAGCAGGAUGAAAUAAGUGAAGAUACUAGCUGUAUAGAUUUGAAUGAACAUGAAAAAAUGGAAACCAAGGAGCAAAUUGAGACAGAAGUGAAUGUUAAUUCUCAAACAGAAACACUUCAGACAACUUCUCUGCAAGCUCCUCAGAAAACACCCAGUACAGACCUUUCAGAUAUCCCUGCUCUUCCUGCAAAUCCUAUUCCUGUUAUCAAGAAUUCAAUAAAAUUGAGAUUGAACCGGUAAAAAACACCUCAGGGGUCCAUAAACAGUAUCUGCCAACUCAACCUGUUGUCUUCUAAUAGAAAAAAAAGGAGAACGGAGGGUGCAAGACUAGAACAUAAUCGCAAAAGGAUUUAGGUAUAUGUUGUGCACUUCCCUUUCUGGACUAACGUCGCCGCAUGAUUGGAAGUCCAGGUUAGUACAUGAGGCCAGGAGUACAGUUAAUGUGUUAGCAACAGUUACAUUAAAUAUUUCGAAGGAUUACUGCCUUUAAAAACAUGAACACUAUUUGUAGCCAUAUUUGACAUUCUGAUUGAAUUUGUUUGAUGCAUUGUUUCAAAAUUGAGAUAAAACUGGCAUAAGAAUCCCUUAAAUGCACUUUUAUGUACUUUUUUAUUGGAGUAUGACUAAUUUUAGAUCUUUAGCUGAUAAUUUCAUUUUAUUGAAGAAUCUCUUCAAUAGUAGUAAUUUGCAAAUUGGUCGACAUUCUGUGAUAUACUGUAUAUUGAAAACAAAGUGUAUAGUAUAUUUAGUUCAACUGCCAUCAAGCAGCAGUAAGUCUUUAAAAUGUAAUGUCAAAUCUUGGGGUCAUAAGAUGGAAGUUGAGGAGGGGAUUGGGAAGUUUUGGUAUUGAUGGGACAUGAUAAAGAUGCGGUCUACUUUUAUUUAUAGGAUUGUUUUAGGGUGCAUACAAAUCAGCAAUCAAACAGUAAAUAAACUUUCUUUUGAGCCAAUUGAACUCCUUAUUCCCUUUUUUUCUCUCUUUACUUCUUGGGAAAAGCUUUUGCAUUUAGUAUUGGGGGUUUUUUGUUUUUGUUUUUUUUUUUAAUUAUUAUUAUUAUUUUUUCAGCUUGUAUGCACCAUAUAGAACAAUAGUUAUUUAUAAUAAAUAAAAAUAAGCCAUGUACUCAUUUGGGUUUCCCCUUUGCCCCUUACCUAGUUCUAAUAACUUUUGGCCUCUAGGCACAGAUUCAAAAUUUGUCCCAUGACUAAAGUGUUUAGGUAAAUAUUGUGUGCCUGUGAAAUACACCACCUGUCUUGAUGGCCUUUGAAUCACUAAAUAUGAUUUUUGUACACUCCAUAAAGGUCCCGUAUGCAUUAAAAAGUUUAAAAUUUUAAAUAAAGGCGAAAAGAUUUUUCCCUAAGAAUUUUAACCUUUUUUAGACAGUUCAUCACAAGUAGUUUUACAUACUGAACAACACCAAAUUUUUAAAAAUCAUAUUUCUAGUAAGCACUUGACAUCUAGUGAGCUCUCUUACUCCUAUUUUUUGUUCUUGUAGUCCUAUCAGAAAAGUAACAACUUUUUCUUUUGAAAGAACUGAAGCUCUCAUGGCAAAGAACAGCAGUAUUUGAGGAACAUGAGGGAUACCAACAGUAAUACCAGAUGUAGAUAAAAAUCUUCAUGUUACUAUUACUUAAGUCUGAAGUAUGUGGGAUGUCAAAUCAUACUUCCGAUACUUUGAUUAGCAUGUUUUAUGAACUCCCUUCUCCCAUUGUGCUCCAUCCUAUUACACAUGCAUCUUUCAUGUUACAAGUUAAAUUACUUACACUCUUCCCCUUAUCCUUCUAAAUUAAUUCUCCAAAGUCAGAGUGUAGCUUAUCUUUUACUUAGGCUGUGCAGUAACUGAAGGUUUUUUUUUUUUUUUUUUUUUGCCAUUUGUCUGAGAUGUCUAGUAUACAAUAUUUCUCUUUUCCUUGCCCUGUGCAGCCUGCUGUCGUCCACCCCCCAAAGAAGGUUAUAUCUUAACAGUUGAAGUGUACAAGCUGUCUGUGUAUUUUGUGUAGCUAUGGAGUUUAGAUCGAAAUUGCCAGGCACAAAUUUAGUCUUGUCAUUUUGUUUACACAUCGGAAAAUCUUUUUCAUGUUAUUAAACGUUUCAUGUAACUGCACCCAAGUUUUGCCAAGCUGGAAACUUGGAACCUUUCUGUAUAGUGACUUUUUAAUUCUAGUUUUCAUAACCUGGAGAUCAGACUGUUGCUUUCGCAUGAUGUACGUAGUGUCUCAUGACUGGAGUUUGCUUUGUUUUAUAGUAUCUGUACUCCUUGUAUUUUUCAAGAGCUAUUUUGUAAACAGAUGAUGUAUUUCUCCAUUGAAAACACAAUAAAGAACAGCACAAUCCCA